GCCGUGACGUAGUGCCUGCUUCUUUGCUGGGUGUCUGCGUCUCCUCACUGCUGAAUCCAGAUCUCCUUUGUUUCCUGACGCUAGUACCCUGUGCCGCGGAUCUCGGCAAGAUUUCGUACUGUUCGUCCUGGGUCCCUGCACUGGUAAUCAGUAAGGGAUUAAGCAGCAGGACGAACAAAGAAAUCGAAAAAGAGACGCUCGGCUCCCGGCCGCCGUGCUGCUCCGUACAGCUUUGCUGCUCCGGACCGCUCUUCUCCCUGCCGCUUUGCUCCGACCGGCUUUUCUGCUUCGCUCCAGCGCGGAGAGGCUGAAUCUAUAAUCGUCAGUGGAGUGAGCCGCCAUUUGCUUUCCUGGUCGCUCACUCGCUCAGUCCGUGUGGUCCGGCAGAGGCGCCUAGAGGCUGGAACCUGGCAUUGCAGCGAAUAGGCUGAUGAACUUUGUGAACAAGCCAAUGUGUUAACGACUGCUGCUGUUCCCUUACAGCAUAUAUACUGGAAAAACUUGGUGCCUGAUAAAAAAAUUAAGACAAGAUAGGUGUUUAGCUGGCUGGUGUUCUGCUUAGAAUUCUUUGUAAUUAGAGAUUUGAAUUUAUAUCACACUGGACUUUUUAGCUGUUGCAGUAGCUAGAACAUUUUAGUGCAACAAGUGCUUAUUGAGAAGUGAAUCACCAACAAGUAAAAAUGAGUAAGAGCAAAGAUGAUGCUCCUCAUGAACUAGAGAGCCAGUUUAUCUUACGCCUACCCCCAGAAUAUGCUUCUACUGUGAGGAGGGCAGUACAGUCUGGCCAUGUCAACCUGAAGGACAGACUGACAAUUGAAUUACACCCUGAUGGGCGUCAUGGAAUUGUCAGGGUGGACAGGGUCCCAUUGGCUGCAAAAUUGGUAGAUUUGCCAUGUGUCAUGGAAAGCUUGAAAACCAUUGACAAAAAGACCUUUUACAAGACAGCUGAUAUCUGUCAGAUGCUUGUAUCCACAGUUGAUGGUGAUCUCUAUCCUCCUGUAGAAGAACCAGUUGCCACUGCUGAUCCCAAAGCGAGCAAGAAAAAAGAUAAAGACAAAGAGAAAAAGUUUGUUUGGAACCAUGGAAUUACUCUGCCUCUAAAAAAUGUGAGGAAGAGAAGGUUCCGGAAGACAGCAAAGAAGAAGUAUAUUGAGUCUCCAGAUGUGGAAAAAGAAGUUAAGCGGUUGCUCAGUACAGAUGCUGAAGCUGUCAGUACUCGCUGGGAAAUAAUUGCUGAAGAUGAAACAAAAGAGGCAGAAAAUCAAGGCCUUGAUAUCUCGUCUCCAGGUAUGUCUGGCCACAGGCAGGGCCAUGACUCGUUAGAACAUGAUGAGCUUCGAGAGAUAUUCAAUGAUCUCAGCAGCAGCAGUGAAGAUGAAGAUGAGACACAGCAUCAAGAUGAAGAAGAUAUAAAUAUUAUUGAUACUGAGGAAGAUUUGGAGAGACAGCUACAGGACAAGCUGAAUGAAUCAGAUGAACAGCACCAAGAAAAUGAAGGAACCAACCAACUGGUUAUGGGAAUUCAGAAACAGAUUGAUAACAUGAAAGGCAAGCUGCAGGAGACCCAGGACCGGGCAAAACGACAGGAGGAUCUCAUCAUGAAAGUGGAAAACCUGGCUCUCAAGAACAGGUUUCAAGCUGUGCUGGAUGAACUCAAACAAAAGGAAGACCGAGAAAAGGAGCAACUCAGCUCUUUACAGGAAGAGCUAGAAUCCCUUCUAGAGAAGUGAGGACAGUGAGGACAUUGACACUUUCAGUUGGCAGGCUUGUCAGCAUUAGAAAAAUCUUGGUUAUACCACUUGGACUGGAUAUUAAAACCUAGUAUUUCCUUUUCCUCUAAUGCUAGAAGUUGUUAAAUUAUUUCAGUUGUUUUUUCAGAACCAUUUUGCAAUGUUUUCUAUAUUCUUUAGGAAGUAGGAUUGUAUUGGCAGAAAGAUUGUUAUAGGAAAGUUGUAACAUGUGAGAUGAACAGUUCAGACUUGCAGCUUCACUGCAGGACUUUACUAUUCUUGUUUUACAGAGGCUGCUGUUGGUGCCAUUUUACUAUCUGACAGUAAGAAUACAUUAGUUUGGACUUAGUUAAGCUAGUUUUUAUGUUUUCUUACACAAUAGCUAUUUUCUUAGCUACUCAAAGCAAUUUUCUAUAUGUAGACAUGCAAGUUAUUUCUAACAAUAAAAGCAACAACUUUUGAUCUUUUAA